UCCUCUGGUAGGUUCCACAAUGGUACAGGCAGCAUCGCGCUGCACAAUGGUUUCCAGGCAGUGAAAGAGGGUGAUUCAGCAGCCACUCUUCUUCUUCUUCUUCUUUUUUUUGUUUUUAAAAAACCUCCCCUUCUCUUUUUUAUUUUUAUGGGGUUGGAUGGUGCUUGUUAUUUGCUUACCUUUUUUUUUUCUUUUUUCAUUUUUACAAUUUUCCUUUUUUCUCCUCACCCCUCAAUUCCUAGGGGUUUGAGUGACUUUAAGAUUGGGUUUUCUUGGGAAACAUCUGCCAAUCAGUCAUUGCAGACAAUUUGCCCACCUCCAAAGAAUCUACUUAUUAGAGUUUGGAAUGUGGUUAAUGAGAAACAAGUAGGGAGGAUUUCUGGGGCAAACACUGCUGGAUCAGGAUCGUAGUUCUCAAGCACGGAAUGGCUAGUGUGAGAAACACCAACGGCAGGACCAUCUCAGAUCUUCGUUAUGGUAAUUCAUGCAAAAAGCUGUUGAAUUAGGCAUAUUUCCUAUAGAUGAGAAACCAUACAAGCAGUGGUAUUUAUGAGCCUCCAUUUAUUGUACUACUGCAGUGAACCAACCUUGGAUGUGAAAAUUGCCUUUUGUCAGGGAUUUGAUAAACAAGUGGAUGUGUCAUAUAUUGCCAAACAUUACAACAUGAGCAAAAGCAAAGUUGACAACCAGUUCUACAGUGUGGAAGUGGGAGACUCAACCUUCACAGUUCUCAAGCGCUACCAGAAUCUAAAGCCUAUUGGCUCUGGGGCUCAGGGAAUAGUUUGUGCUGCGUACGAUGCUGUCCUUGACAGAAAUGUGGCCAUUAAGAAGCUCAGCAGACCCUUUCAAAACCAAACACAUGCCAAGAGAGCUUACCGGGAGCUGGUCCUCAUGAAGUGUGUGAACCAUAAAAAUAUUAUUAGUUUAUUAAAUGUCUUCACACCCCAGAAAACACUGGAGGAGUUCCAGGAUGUUUACUUAGUAAUGGAAUUGAUGGAUGCCAAUUUGUGUCAGGUGAUUCAGAUGGAAUUAGACCAUGAGCGAAUGUCUUACCUGCUAUACCAAAUGUUGUGUGGUAUCAAGCACCUUCACUCUGCUGGAAUUAUUCACAGGGAUUUAAAACCGAGUAACAUUGUAGUCAAGUCUGAUUGCACAUUGAAAAUCCUUGACUUCGGACUGGCCAGGACAGCAGGCACAAGCUUCAUGAUGACUCCUUAUGUGGUGACGCGUUAUUACAGAGCCCCCGAGGUCAUCCUGGGGAUGGGCUACAAGGAGAAUGUUGACAUGUGGUCAGUAGGGUGCAUCAUGGGAGAAAUGAUAAAAGGUGCAGUGCUCUUUCCUGGCACUGAUCAUAUUGACCAGUGGAACAAGGUAAUUGAGCAACUAGGAACACCAUGUCCGGAAUUCAUGAAGAAAUUGCAACCCACAGUAAGAAACUAUGUGGAGAAUCGGCCCAAGUAUGCAGGACUCACCUUCCCCAAGCUCUUUCCAGAUUCCCUCUUCCCAGCGGACUCUGAGCACAAUAAACUCAAAGCCAGCCAAGCCAGGGAUUUGUUGUCAAAGAUGCUAGUGAUUGACCCAGCAAAAAGGAUAUCAGUGGAUGAUGCCUUACAGCACCCAUACAUCAAUGUCUGGUAUGACCCUGCCGAAGUGGAGGCGCCUCCACCUCAGAUUUAUGACAAACAGUUGGACGAGAGAGAACACACCAUUGAAGAAUGGAAAGAACUUAUCUACAAGGAAGUUAUGAAUUCAGAAGAAAAGACUAAAAAUGGUGUUGUAAAAGGACAACCUUCUCCUUCAGGUGCAGCAGUGAACAGCAGUGAGAGUCUCCCUCCAUCCUCGUCUGUCAAUGACAUCUCCUCCAUGUCCACCGACCAGACCCUGGCAUCUGACACCGACAGCAGCCUGGAAGCUUCGGCAGGACCCCUGGGUUGUUGCAGGUGACUAGCCGCCUGCCUGCGAAACCCAGCAUUCUUCAGGAGAUGAUGCGAUGGAACACACACACACAUGCACACACAUACACACACACACACACGCACACACACAAACGUAGAUACACAAUGACAAGAAAAUGCAAGGGAGAAAAUCCAAGCCUAAAAUCGAAAUGAAUCUUUCAGCCUGCCGCUUCUCCAGAGUGUGCACUGCAGCUAAGCCAAAUGCACACUUACCUUCUAGCUGCUCUUGCUUUGGCCUUCCUCCCACAGUGCUUACCACAGAAAGCAAACCAAACACAAUUAGAAAAGCCUUUCCAUAAAGUGUAAUUUUCAAUGGCUUGUGCAAAACCAGACCUGUAACUGCCCUUUCAAAUGGCAUGACACAGUGUGCAGUGGCCCCAUCCAGCAUGUGUGUGUCUCUAUCUUGCAUCUACCUGCUCCUUUUGGCCCAGUCAGAUGGAUGUAGAUACAGAUCUGCAUGUGUCUGUAUUCAGACGGCACUAUUUCCUUAGAGAUGCUGCUGUCAGUGUCCUCAGGGCCCGACCAAGACAUCACCCACUGGGGCACCAUGUGGUCCAUUUCAUGUGAUCUAUUACUCUGACAUAAAUCCAUCUGUAAUAUAUUGCCAGUAUAUAAGCUCUUUAGUUUGUUAAUUAAUUAAGCUGUAUGUCUUACAAGAAAAACAUGUAAAGGGGGAAAUAUGGGGGGAAUGAGCUCUCUCGGACCCUUGAAGAUGUAGUGUCCAAAUUUGAACUGAUUAAAUGGCACCUGUAUACCAAUUUGUAGACAGAACAUAUGUGAUGCUUAUGUACAGUGUGGGGGCGGGAGGGGUUAGCAGUUUCCAGGUACUAAAUGGUUUAACCUUUAGAAGGAAGAUAGGAAUAGAAGCUGAGGGUCUUUUCUCUGACAGUGAGCAGGAGAAACUUAGGGGAUAGUGUUACAGUGUGGAGGGGGACCUACCAAGGUCAUUGCCCAGACAGUAGAGACCUGACAUCCCUGUUUUAGAGAGUAGACCCCAUUUGUCAUUUACAAAUUAUGUGUCACGACUGGACAGAGAGUGGCAGGUGGUGAGGCAGGAUAAUUGUGUAUGUAUUUGAUGGUAAGAAUCCCUUCCUGGAACAGCAGAAUUGCCUCUGCACGUCUUUAACAGAAAAUGAGCCUGCCUAGACUAUUUUCAGAUUGUGCAUUACAUUUUCCAUGACUGCUACUUCCCAGGUUUAUACCCUGCCUGCCAUAGUUUUAUUUUGAGAAGGAAUAUUAUUUUCCUCUUCUGGAAUAAAAAAAUUAAUUACUUAAAAAACGAAAAAACAAAGCACAGGGUUAUCCUCAGGUUAGCAUAUGAAAACAUUUCUACAGACAUUAUUAUUCCUCAGUGAUUCCCCUGACUCCUCAAUAUGGCUAAUGUUUCAUGUUUAUUUACUUAUUUUCCUAAAUUCGAACAAUUCAAGAAGGGCUGAUAAUCUGGGUUUUGUAACUCAGUCGAUGUGACAGCAUUAACUGCCCACAGGUUACUGCUGCUAAAUAGCUUUAGCAAUGUAAGUCUGUUUUAAAAGCCAUGAAGCAUUUAUGUCCGUGUUUAGCAAAAUCACCUGAAUUUAGCUCAAAUUAAAUGAAAGUGCUUUCCCAAGCACUUAGGAAGGCACUGUGGAACAUCUUGGUUAUAUAUAAGGUAACACCAGGGUGACUUCUGAGCAAUAACGGGCCGGGUGGAAGCUCACCUUCACCCCUUCUCUCUGGUGGGGUACCCGGCACAGCUCUUUGCACUGUGGCUGCUGUGAUGCUCACCACUGUGGCGAUAUUUCACCAGAAGAAGAGAUGAAACACAUGCCAUGGAUGGUUGUUGAAUGUGCCAUGACUGGCAAACAGAAUCCCUUAAAAAAUAGAGCAAACAAGAAUGCCAGUGCUCUGAAAACUGCCUUAAAUACAACAAGGGGGAAGCUGUGUCCCUUUAUAAGCAAUAGAAUCACCCCCCACUAUCCCCAUGCGAGCAAUGCUGCUGUUUAUAGGAUUGCUUCAAACAGUAGGAUUCAUGACAAGAGGUCAUUUGUUUAAAAUGGGGAGAAAAUAAGCCCACUAGACUAUGCAGCUUGUUCGUGGAAUAAAAGUGGCCCUGUUUCUCUGUCUGGCUGCCAUCCUUUUUGGUUAAUAUUGCAGACAACCUGAUUUGAAAAAUGCCUCCACAUUCACCUGAGCUUUUACUUUUCUUUCUGUCAAACUUCUCCCCACCACUUUUUUUAAAGAUUCUCUUUAUCCCUUUUCUUUCCUUAACUCCUUUCUCUCUAUUCUCUUGCUACACGUGUGGCCUCUCAACUCCCAGUUUUCCAGCAUGUGUAAUUUACAUGCAGAGAGCAGGCAGCUGUUUGAAAGAAAGUGAGUCACAAGGGAUAUUUCAUCAACCACAAAAUGUCAAAAGAAAGAAGGAAAUCUGCAGCCAGCACCUAAGAAGCUCUUGACAGUUAGACUGUCUCUCAUGGGUGCAGAAGCGCUGGUUUUUCCCACUCAGAUGAAAGCAGGUAGGAACUGGCAGCGCUCUCCUGCUCUUCUACCCUCCCCAGACUCUGCUAAUCUGAGCUCUCCUGUCGAAUGGAGCUGAUGACCUUUAGCCUAAACUCUCUUGUGGACAAGAGAAAAUGGAACAAAUCCUUCAGACUGAAGUAUCAUGUGCAAAUAGAGCUAAAGGUUUGGCUUCUUUACUGCCUACAGGAUUAAUUUCACUAGAUUGUUAAAGCAAGACAGGUGAUGGGAAAACAAAGAGAACCAUCAUUUUUAAAAGCCCACCUGUACCUUCAUGAUCUUGGGUCCACUUUAUUUUAGUAUCUUCAGGAGGUGAUUCUGUUGUUAUCAAAAUCACAGAAUAUAUUAUGUUCUGCAUUGAGUCUUCUUUUCUUAAACAAAACAAAACAAACAUUUCCUAUGUAGUCACUGUUACAUCUAAAGGACUCCCUUGCAUUUCAGACAAGGAAGUGUCAAGUUAUGUGGAUUAUAUCCUUGGGAAAAGUAAAGGUCCUGCCCGCGUGGGUUCAUUGCGAAGUGUGAAAUCGGCACUUGGCGAGGCCUCACCUCCUUCCUAUGGUCCAGAAUCACUUCCUAUGGCCAUUGGUUUUGCAGUGAUUCUCAGUGAGAUUUUUGUAGUAUUUUGUAGAAGACAUGGCUGUAUGCCCAUGUGCAGAAGGACCUAAAUAGUUAGGAGAGUUUGGCAAAACCACCACCACUUUGAUAUUUGUAUUUGUAUUUUGUGGGUCAGUGUGUUCAUUUUUAAAGACAUACGUUGGCCUUAUAGGCAAACUUCUUCUGGUGGACUAAGAACUGAUAAUAACCUUGUAUCUUAAGGAAUCUGAUGACUGAGUUUUGUAGGAAUGUAUACCACAGGUGCACCAGGGCCCUGCCAAUGCCCUCUAAUUGCGGUAAACUGUUUAAUUGAGGGCCAAGGAGCUGGAGAGCUUUUCUCAAUCUGUUAUCACUAUCAGGAAAUAUUACCUAAGGAUCCUGUGAUAGCAGCUGCAUGUUAAAUCAGAAAUGAGGCCUUGAUGAAUAAGUGAAAUAGAUGAGAAUACAUAAAUCUGUUCAUGACCUACUGGAGUAAAAAAAGCAAUAAGCAAAACUGACUUAAAUUUUAAAUGUUCACUGCAAAAUCCAAAUGAUACAAAAUCUAUUCAACUCUCAACAUUUGAAAAUCUAAGUAUUGAAAUCAUUGCACUCUGUAAAUAAUGUCAGCAGAUUUGCUGAAAAAUUUGUCUUCUAUAGCUCAGAGAAAGGAAUAACAUUGUCCCAGGAACCUUUGAUACCAACCAUUUUGGGUACGAAGAGGAAUCCCCUUCCCCACUCACAACUCCCUGUGCAUUUUAAUUGUGAAAGUCCAACAUUUUCCCACAGAUAUCAUUAAAGCAAGCAGGUAAACUCCUUUCUGUAAAAACAACAAAUAGUGACAAUGUAAAUAGUUGUAUUUGUUAUUUUCCAUGUGACUGUAAUUUAAGAUUUUGUUACUUCUUCUGUCACUUAGUUCUUUCACUGUCUGAAAUGGUUCAUUUUGACCCAUUUACUUGGUCACUCAAGCUGAAAUAGAAGGCCUCUGUUUAUAUGUGGACUGCUGUGUAUCUAACUUAUAUGUGGGACCAAUGGCCAGUAUAUUCUAGAGGAAACAAGUCUCCCAACCCUUAUUUAUCAUCAAACUGUUCACCACACCACGUCUAUCUUGCCAGGAGAACUGACGUGCACCUGCCUGUUAUUGUGCAUGAUCAGACCCUGGAGACUAUCACCAACUAAGAGAAUUGUCCUGUGUCAGUGUUUAUUAAAUGGAUUUAAAGCACACGCACAUUCACACACACCUCGCCCUUACAGCUCUAGGCUAACCCUGGAAGGCACAACUGUGCACAUCCAGGAGCUCUGCAAGGUUUUAGUGGUAAGAGCAAAAAGUCAGCUAGAUGGAAUAAACGCAAUCUUGGUGACGUUUAAUAAGGAUGUGACAUUAUUUAAAACAUUUUGGUGUUCUUUCGCACUUGCUUUUUCAUUUAUAUUCUGUUUGUUUUUCAAUAUGUCGACGGACUGAGGGGGCAAUGGUGGAGAACUUUGGCUUUUUUGGGCUCUGUAGAUGGGUACUGGGUCAAUACAAUGUGAUUUCUGUUUCUUAUGAGUUAUUACAAACCAGAGCAAAUUGCUUCCCUUAUCAUAAAACCAAAUGCAAUCCAGUCUUUGUUGGACUUUGCCUAUUGACACCGGUUGGUGUGUGGCUCCUUGUCUUGGGUCUCACGUCCCGACAGCGGCUCUGAAGCAUCUUGCAUGAGUCCAUGAGUCCGUGGUGGGAUCUGACUGUGCCAGGAAUAAAUAAGACAUGAAGAGUGACCUACUUUCUCACUAUGGGUAAAGAGUGUGUGAUAUGUAUGUGACCAUGUAUAGGCUGUGUUUUCAUUUGAUACUGGUUUCUUCUAAAAAUGACCUUCAUUUCCCUCAGGGGAUGCUAGUUGUAUAUCCGCAGUUCAGUAAGUCUCCUUUAAGGCAUACAAUCAGUGAAGAGGAAAAAAUCAUUUUCUGGGAGUGUUAGGUGAGUAGCACAGGGUUAAAUAUUCUAGGUUAAUUUAUCAGAAUUCCUAAUCAGUUUGAAUAUUACCCAAGAGAAAAGGUAAAAUGUUUUUGUUUUUCAUUUUUGGUUUUGGUUUUGGUUUACAUGGUAGCCAACCUUAAUAUCUCAAACUCCUUGGUGCAUUUUAAAAAAUAUAUGAUUUUGUGGCUUGUUAGGACACCAGUGAACCAGUGUUAAUGUAGCUGGAAGUGUCUGAACAUUUUUGAGGAGUGGCCCUUCUAUUUCUGUAAAUAAAACGUUUUUUAAACCUGUUAGCUAUAGAAAAUCUAGAAUAUAAACACAACUAUUCUUUUGAGUUAACAUAAUUUAUCCUUUUAUUUAUAAGGAGAUUAGAAACCAAAACCCUUUUGUUAUCUGUGGCAUAGCUUCUAUUUUAAUUUAAACCACAGAUCUUCUCUCUCUUAAUAAAAUGUUUUAAAAUGGCCAAGUAUAGGUACCUGAAAAUACCCACAAUAUUAAAACAAGAAAUUGCAUUCCACAAAAUUGCCUAUGGAGUAAAAGUGUCAGAAGGAGUUAUUGGGGCCUACUAGGUACCAUAGAAGGGUCUUGAAAACUCUCUCUCAUCUAAUUAAGUAACCACCAACCUAGAAGGAUGAUUCUGUUUGUUCAGCAACUAUAGUGGGUUGUACCCAAGGUAAAAAUUUUUGACAUUACCAAGUCAUCAGAAGAUGUUUUUGUACUUGGACUAUUCCUUUUCUCCAGGUAGGCCUGGAAGAUAAUUGCAAGUAGUGAAACACACUGAAAAUCUCAGCAUCUCAGAUCACUUCAUGUAGGGAAUCACUGUGUGGGCAAGUCAUCUCUCUUAGCUCCUGACCCAUUCCCAUCUGCUUAACCUUUUAGACCAGUGUGUUCUAUUUUAGUUCCUGAAAAUAAUCUUUAGAAAUGUAUAUUUCUCAAAUACAUGAAAUGUGAUGAUACAUAAAAAAAUGAGAGUCACAUAUCCCUUUGGAAUUUCCCACCGUUUCUAUGUCACCUAUUUCUUUCUUUCAUGCUUAUCAUGGUAUAAAACCCAAUGUAAUACAUCUGAAAGACAAUUUAGAGCAGUCAAGUUUCACUCUAUGGAGUGGUGGCUUCACUUCCUUCUCACUGAACUUCUGGUACUGUCCUUCCCUGAUCUUCUCUGGAAUCUUCCUGUUUACCCAAUAGUCCAGAUUGUUUGCAACUCAAAAGCAGGUGCACAAUGUUGUUUAUCUUACAAACGCUUCACACUCUGCUUAGAAAAUACCUCAUUCAUUUUUUGCUUUCCAUUAACACUUUUACAUCCACUUGGGUAAAAAUAUUAUCUAUGAGCAAUUAUACACAAAAUCAAUUUUUAUAACUCAAAUGGUAUUUUACACAGACUAAGGGAAGUAGUAAUAUUAAAGUAUUUCUUUUAUAAAAGGAAGACUUGCAAAAAGCGGUCGUUUCUUCCUUAAUGUUAAUAUAUUGCAAAAUACUGGAUUUGGUGCAAAUCAAGCUCAAAGAGGAUCACUCUAAAUUUCUAACUUAAUUUCUGAGCUACACUCUUAAGUAGUACAUUUAUUCACUCCAAAAACAUUUAUUGAACAUCUAUCAAUGUGUCCUAGGUAGGAGACAAAUACAGCAUAGUCCUUUUUCUCAGAAAAAGGUUUUAAAAUCAGUUUUUUUAAAAAAAAAGAGUGGUUGAAGCAAAAUAUCUUUAUCUCAUUUAUUUACUUUAUUUUAAAGUAACAAUGUGUUCAAAUUAGUGGUGUGACUUGAAUGAGUCCAUUUUUAUUAUUCCCUUAAAGCAAUGAAACUAAAAAAAAAUCUCCUUUUAGUGUUAUUUUGUCUACUUUUAUGUAAGUACACUUAAUGAGUAUAAGAAAAUUUUGGGUAUCUCCCAUGACAUUAGAAAUGUAACCAUUUUUAUAAUUUAUUUGUUAAAAUAGCAUGGAGAUGAAAAGUAUUAGUAAGGCCUGCAUUAACUUAAUGAGGAAAUAUAUGUAUACUCACUCUUGCUUUUUUAAUUGAAAGGUAGACUACCUUUUGAUAUGUGGAGGGAAAAUGAAAGUUCCUAUAGCCAUGAUCCUCACCUGACCCCAAUCUACUCGCUGAUAUAAUUGGUCUACUCUGUUGUCUGCUGUGUUGUCUACUGCUUCCACACUCACAGGCAAUAGCUAUUAUUGACCGAGUCACUAUAUAAAGAGCUCUCCCCAGUCCUCUGCCCUGAGGCAGAGACAAAGACAGAUUGCCAGCACCUCAGAAGGCAGAUGUGCUAACAGCACUCUACCUGCCACCAUGAGAAUAAAGCUUGGUAUAAACCCUUUUAUGCCUAACAUUCCAUUGUUGUUAUUCGGUAUCACUGAAUCCAGAGUGAACUCACCCAGGGGCAUUCCUCCUCAAGCAAGACAGUAUGUUUUAAUUAAGUGGCAAUCUCCGGACAAAGGGAGAAAUGUAAUGACAUAUUUAGACUUUAUUAAUGACUUAUGAUAUCUGUGUUCUAGAAAAAAUAGAUAAAACAUUCACAGGCUGAAAGUAACAAAAAUAGCAUGGAUGUUUCUUUUCUACAUUACAUAAAGUUUAUUCUGAUACAUAUUUCUUUUGAGAGCCAUUGGCCCAGAUGCUGAGCUUGUGGUUCAUAUUUUCUGUCUUCAAAAUUUCCAAAUCAGCAAAUGACAUCACGAUGGAUACUGGGGUCUCUGCAGUGAUAUUUGGAUAUGAAGCAAAUCUCCAAAAUUUGUUCAGUCUGUGGGUGAGAAUUGGGCCCUAAAACAACUUAAGGUAGAAUUUAGUCAUCCAUUAUUUUCUAUAAAUAAGUCCAACUAAGAACAUCCUGAAUAUCUGAACCAGAAAUUUGACAAUGAGUUCUGAAUAUUCACUCACUGUUUCAUGCUACAAAUACUGAAUGAGCACCUGAAUCUUUUAUGGGCUGUUACAGGCAUACACACUUGCGGUGAAUUCAGAAGACCUUCGCACCUUUAUAUAAUCUACAUCUAAUGGGGAAAUGAGGAAGUGGAAGGCACUAACAGAACAAACAAAGCAUGUUAGAAGGAUCAACAUGAUGGGAGGUGCUAUUUAGGCCAGGUGGUCAGGGCAGGCCUCUCAGAAGAGGUGGUGUUUGGGCAGAGACCCCAGUACAGUGCAGGAAUAGGCCGUAUCAGUAUCUGAGGGAAAAGCAAAUGCAAAGGCCUGGGAGUAAGAGCUUAUUUGUGUAUAUAAGGAAUGGCAGGAUUGUGAACAAAGAAUGGAGAAGCGUGAUAGUGAAUGAAAUGGAAGAGGUAGGCAGGGGUCAGAGCAUGGCAAGAUCUUGGGAUUUUACUCUAAAUAUGGGAGAAUGAUGAACAGAUUUGAUAAGGGAAAUGAUAUAAUCUAAAUUUUCUUUUUGGAAGGAUCCCUCUGGCUGCUGAGUGGAGAGAGGAGGUUAGAAGAAAGAAAAGAAUGGAAAUGAAGUUUCUGUUGUAGGGUUUAACAGUAGCACAGAAAGAUAUAAUGGGGCUUGGAUGAGAAAGUGGAGGUGCUGGGAAGUGGCUGGGUUCACUUAAAAGGAUGUAUUGUGAAUACAGAGUUGACAAGAUUUGUAGAUGUAUUGGUAAGCAAUAUGAAAGAGAUCGGGCAUGACUCCAGAUUUUUAAAAAACCUAAACCGUGGGGUAAAUAAUGGCACACUUGAGUGAGAUGGUGAACAAUGGGUUAGGAGCAUAUUUGGGAAGAAAAUCAUAUUUGAUCUGGGUCAUGUCAGUUAGGGAUGUUCAUUAGAUAUCCAAGUGAAGUAGCAGGAGUAUGUACAAGGCUGGGAUAAAGGGAACAAGUUGAGCUGUAACAUAAAUCCGAGAGUAAUCAGCUCCAAGUGUUAUUUAGGACCAUGAGACCGUAUGAGACCACCAAGUGACUCAGUGUAGAUAAAGAAGUCCAAAGAGAGAGGUACUUUUUGCAAAAACAUGAGGGUAUUCUAAGGAAUGUCCAGUGAGGUAGAGGAAAACCCAGGAGAGUGUGCUCUCCUGGAAGCCAAGUAAACAUGUUUCAGAAAAUGUGGGAAUCAGCAACUGGGAUGAUGUGACUAAAAGAAGAGGACUGAAGAUUGACAAUUGAACUUGAUUUUGUGAAGGUCAUUUCUGACCUUGACUAGAGCAGUAACUCUAGGUCUGAGCAGAAAAACAUGGCUCCAGUGUGUUGAAGAGAAUAUGGGAGGUGAGGAUUUAGAAACUGGUACAUAAAAUUCAUGAGUUUUUUCUAAAAAGUGAAGCAGAAAAAUGAUGUUGAAAUUAGACACAAAUGUGAGGUGAAUAAAGCGUUUUUAAAAAUCUAUUACAGCAUGGGUAUGUGUUGAUGGGACUAAUUUAUAAAGAGAAAAAUUCAUAAUGGGCUGUAGGAUAUGAGAAGAGCAGUUGGCCUGGUUGGUGCAGGAGGCACAAUCAUUGUAGCAGGAGGUGAGGUGGCCUGUAUGGGACAGACGUAGGUAGUCUGGUAGACAUGAUGACGGAAUGUAAGGAUGUGAUCUUCUGCUACUGUCUUUUUUCUCAGUAAAGACAGGCUAUCAGUAACUGAAUACAUAUAAACAAGGUUAUCAGUUGAGAAUGAGGAGUGGAAGGACUUACGGAGGUGUGAGAAGUGUGAUUUGACUUUGGAAAGUGUGGAGGUUAAGUUACUGCACAGGGAGGAGAGCCGUGUGGGCCACACUUACACAGGAGCGAGACGAUCAGCGUGACGGUCUUUGG